CAAAAAAAUAUUUUUAUUAUUUUAUAAAAUAAUAAUAUUAUGUGAUGGUCACGUGACAUCAUUUCGUUAAUAAAGACAAAUGGUAGGAUUAUUUUAAAAUAUCUUAAAAAUUGAAAAGAUUAUUUUGAUAUUUUUUUAAAAUAAAAAAGAUAUAAAUAAAAUUAGAUUAAAAUUAAAAAAAUAUUUCUAUAAUUUAUCUUAAAUAUUAUAUUAAGUUAUCAAAAUCAAAGAUGUAAUUUAUCUAAAUAUUAUAUUGGGUUACCAAAACCAGAAAAAUCUGCGUCGGCCGUCCACUGCACACUUAAACCCCCACCUACUACACCACUCACCAAUCACCCCAUGGAGAUGGAGUCAACUCUCUUCUUCCUCCUCUGCUUCCUUCCCUUCCUCCUCCUCCCUGCCACUCCAACCACUCUCUUCCCCCAAGAUGCUCUCCCCACCAAAUCUGGCUACCUUCCCAUCAACGCCACCACCUGCAAUUCGUCCGCUGCCCUCUUCUAUGCCUACUACGAAGCCCAGCAUCCCCUCAGCCCCCUCACCCACACCCCACUCCUCAUCUGGCUCCAGGGCGGCCCUGGCUGCUCCUCCAUGCUCGGCAACCUAUUCGAGCUCGGCCCCUGGCUCGUCGCCACCGACAAGCCCACCCUCAGCUCCAAUCCCGCUGCCUGGAACCGCCGCUUCGGCCUCCUCUUCAUCGACAGCCCCCUCGGCACCGGCUUCAGCACCGCUGCCAACCCCGACGACAUCCCCCGGGACCAGCCCACCAUCGCCAAACACCUCUGGGGCGCCCUCCAGUCUUUCCUCUCUUCCAAUUCCUCUUUCAAGACCCGCCCACUUUACCUCACCGGCGAGAGCUACGCCGGGAAGUACAUCCCGGCCGCCGGCUACUACAUCUUGCAGCAGAACUCCCAACUGCCGAUGUCUCUCCGGAUUAAUUUAAAGGGUGUUGCGAUUGGGAAUGGGCUGACGCAUCCGGUGGCGCAAGUGGCGACGCAUGCGGCGAGCGCAUACUUUACCGGGCUGAUCAACGAGAGGCAGAAAGGGUACCUUGAGGAGCUUCAGGGCAUCGCGAUGAAAUUGACAUUGGAGGAGAAGUGGUCGGAGGCAUCAGAUGCGAGAGGGCACGUCUUGCAGCGGCUACAGAAUAUGACGGGGCUGGCAACUCUGUAUGAUGUGACAAAGAAAAAGCCUUACGAAUCCGACAUGGUUGGGGUUCUACUGAACAAGGAUGAGGUGAAGGAGGCAUUGGGUGUCGCCAAAGGGGUGGUUUGGGAGGAGUGCAGCGAAACCGUGGGAAGUGUUCUGCAUGAAGAUGUGAUGAAGAGCGUGAAAUUUAUGUUGGAGGAGCUGGUAAGGAAGAGCAGGGUGCUGCUGUACCAGGGGAUAUAUGAUUUGAGAGAUGGGGUGGUAUCGACGGAGGCUUGGAUGAAGGAGAUGGAGUGGGAUGGCCUGGAGAACUUCCUGAAGGCGGAGAGGAAGGUUUGGAAGGUGAAUGGGGAGCUGGCCGGGUAUGUGCAGAGGUGGGGGAGCUUGAGCCAUGUCGUCGUCUCUGGGGCGGGGCAUCUCGUCCCCGCUGACCAGGGGCAGAGCUCUCAGGCGAUGAUUGAAAAUUGGGUACUAGAGAAGGGGUUGUUUAGUGAAGCUCGUAAGGAAGCUCCAGGUUUAAGGAGAGCUUACUGAAUGAAAUAUCGGAGGCCUCAGGUAAGAGUAUUGCAAUAAGAUGUCUUCUUGGUAUCAGGCAAUGUUGUACCUAGUCCUUUUGAAGCACCAUAAACCAUUGCUGCGAUUUGUAGCCAAACCAGGGAGGCAGCAUUAUCGUCGCACGGCUGUAAUGUACAUUGCCAUUUGAAUUAAGCUGCAUUGAUCAAUGAAUAGUUCUGA